CUAGCACCGUCUGGUAAAAUUAUGAAAUCUAUCCUAUGACACUUUGCCGAUACAAAGUAACACAUUCCAUAUGGGUCAUGCAUUCAAAGGAAAAUGUCAGUCUCAUAUUUCAAAUGGAACGCCAAAAGUCAGCCGCACCGUGUAUACUUGCAGAGGGCGGUAGGAAGCUUUCCGGAACACCUGAUAGUGGUGGAAUGGGCUGAUAACGGUAAAGUAUACAUGAUGGUGGGUGUAAUAUGCUACUUGCUUCAAGAAGGAAUGGAAAAUCGAACUCCUAAUCUGACGCACAUCAUCCUAUUUCAAGAUUUCAACUCAUUUGCUACCUACUGUUUAUUAGUAGUGGGAAUUUGGUUCGGAAGUGCAAAUGCGAAUUACAUCUGUCCAGGCUUGCUACUUGAUCGGCCCCGUGAAUUCAACGGGUGGAAUGAUCAUGCAUUCCUUCUAUGGAACGCCUUGUGACUUGGGAAAUAGCCUCAAGUUUGUGGCUACACAGUGCUUUGAAUGCCUACUAGAGAAUAUCCGGAAUCCCCUCGAUGACAUUACGCAGGACCAGUUAUGUAAUUAGACCAAGAAUGGUAAUAUGAGAGAUGCGACAAACCAUUUCUUUCAACUGAUAGACUUGUGAUCUUUCUAGCAGCUACCUGAGGGGGGAAAAUUGGAAUGCAACCAAUAUGCGCAGUGAACCGCAGGUUGCUUAGUCUCGUAUAACUAAAUUUGAUGUUGCUCAUAUGGAAGAUGUCAACACUUGUUCCUCUGGUUAUGCCGAAAAGACACUCCGUUGAAGAAAUUUUCAAUCUUUUCAAAUAGUCAAUGAUGCCAUCGAUCACACCACACUAUACAUCUAAUCUUCUCAACUCAGACCGUCUGCCGCUUCCAUAGUGAAGGGUUUUCCUUUCGGGCACGCUACCUCAACAUCUAACGAAACCGCCAAACAAGACUGGAAUAGACAGUGCGGUAAACUAUCGCUUCUGCUAGACUGUCGGAACGUGAAAGGAGAUUCUUGUCAUUGAUUGGUCACUGGGAACGACCAUCGGACAAUUCCCAUAUCGAUGGGAUAAGUAAUCGUAUCAUCGUGCUCAACUAGCAAACUUCCAUCAAACAUCGAAGAAUUAUCACCAAGGCCGAUACUAAUUCCCAAAAUGAUAUAUCUCCGAACCGUUUUGCUGCAAAGCAUGGAACGAUCCGGACUUGAUAUAUCAUAUAUCAUCCACCCAUGUAAUUUCACCUCGACUCUCCUAGUCAGCUUGCCUCGUGUCUUCAACAAUCCAUCAGUCUGGUACACCUACUAUUGACUAGCACAGGAACAAAAAGCCUUUUAACCGGUAGGUGGCUGUUUUUGGCAUUAGGAGGCUUUCGGCGUGGCCGCUAGCUAGGAAGGAUAUAGUAUCAAGCAUGCAUCAACUUGUCAUUACCCCAAUAUUUCCCUUCCACGUCCACUUUCUUCACUUGGAUAUUCUGCUAUGUCCUUGCACUGCCCGUAUUGAGAAUCGUGUGCGGUAUCUCUAUGCACGCUUGUGAGUAUCUGUACUUAGUCUCACGAUAGCGUUGCCAACUAAAUUCUAUCGAAAACGCCGAACACACAAAACCCCCCGAACAAGACACAAUCUGGAGAAAGCCCGAGCUUACUAGUGUCAGUCGUUGUUUUCCUUUUCCUCACUCUCUAGCAUUUACACUUUUCGAACCUAAAUUUCAUGCAUGCACCGUGCGGAAAGUCCGGGUCUAGAUCUCAGUCGAUCCAUCGUGUUACGGGAGCUGCCUCUAGGGUCACGUGGAAGUGUCUAGAGAUCUCUCGAGGUGGUUUAGACUAGACUUCAAGUAGGAAUUCAAUAAGGUUGUAAC